CUUCUUCCCGUCCUUAUCCCCUUGGUCUCCAACAGCUACCACCAUGCACGCCUUCGCCGUUCCCACCCACCUCAUUUAUUCCAAUCCCACUCUCUCCUCCUCCCGUCGCGAAACCCAAGCCUCCCCCUCCCGUUGCGAAACACCCGCCGCCCCUACCCGCAGAUCUAAUCUCGCUCAUAAGUCGGAAAACCCUAAACCCCGUGCCUCUCUCCUCUCUUCCAUCGGCAAGCCUCUUGCUAUCGCAUCUCUCUCCGCUGCCGCCGCCACCCUGGUCAUCCGUCUCAUCCCUAUACCCUCUCCAUUCAGUGGAGGCCCGGGUGGCAGGGGCGGAUUCGGUGGUGGCGGGGGUGGUGAUAGAUUCGGCUCAGGAGAUGGGAGCGAUGGGAAUUUCUGGCAAAGGCUAUUUGGGCCGGACCCUGCAUUUGCAGAUGAGGACCAGAAUCAGGAAUGGGACUCCCAUGGUCUGCCGGCCAACAUUGUGGUUCAAUUGAACAAGCUCAGUGGAUUAAAGAAGUACAAAGUUUCCGAGAUUUUGUUCUUUGAUCGGCGCCGGCUAGCCACUGUUGGCCCCGAAGACUCAUUCUUCGAGAUGGUCUCUCUACGGCCCGGCGGCGUCUACACAAAAUUGCAGCUGCAAAAGGAACUCGAAACCCUCGCCACUUGCGGGAUGUUCGAGAAGGUGGACAUGGAAGCCAAAACAAACCCCGAUGGAAGCGUAGGUGUCACAAUCUCAUUCACGGAGUCAACCUGGCAAUCUGCAGACAGGUUCCGAUGCAUAAAUGUAGGCCUAAUGGCUCAGUCGAAGCCCAUAGAGAUGGAUCAAGACAUGACAGACAAAGAGAAGUUGGAGUAUUACCGCAGUCAGGAGAAGGACUACAAGAGAAGGAUGGAGAGAGCGAGACGGUGCCUGUUGCCACUCCCAGUGCAGGGGGAGAUUCUACAGAUGCUACGGGAUCAGGGUAAGGUCAGUGCCAGACUUCUGCAGAAGAUCCGGGAUCAGGUACAGAAGUGGUAUCAGGACGAGGGGUACGCAUGCGCACAGGUGGUGAAUUUUGGCAACCUGAAUACAAGGGAGGUUGUCUGUGAGGUGGUAGAAGGGGAUAUUACUCAGUUGGUUAUACAGUUUCAGGAUAAGCUUGGAAAUGUGGUUGAAGGGAAUACACAGCUCCCUGUUGUGAGGAGAGAAUUGCCCAAACAGCUACGACCAGGCAAUGUUUUUAACAUAGAAGCUGGCAAACAAGCUUUAAGGAACAUAAACUCUCUGGCCUUGUUCUCCAACAUUGAGGUGAACCCACGCCCUGAUGAGAAGAAUGAGGGAGGAAUAAUUGUUGAGAUUAAGCUUAGAGAAUUAGAUCAAAAAUCUGCUGAAGUUAGUGCGGAGUGGAGUAUUGUUCCUGGACGCGGAGGACGCCCUACUCUGGCUUCGAUCCAGCCAGGUGGAACUAUUUCUUUUGAACAUCGAAAUAUAAAAGGGCUCAACAGAUCAAUUGUUGGUUCAUUGACCACCAGCAAUUUUCUUUCUCCUCAGGAUGAUCUUGCUUUUAAACUUGAGUACGUGCAUCCGUAUUUGGAUGGUGUAACAAAUCCACGGAACCGUACUCUUCGCACAAGUUGCUUCAACAGCCGGAAAUUGAGUCCAGUCUUCACCGGUGGACCAGGAGUGGAUGAAGUCCCUCCUAUAUGGGUUGAUCGUGCUGGCGUCAAAGCUAAUAUUACAGAGAAUUUCACGCGCCAGAGCAAAUUCACUUACGGUAUUGUGAUGGAAGAGAUAACAACUCGUGAUGAAAGCAGUCAUAUAUCUCCAAAUGGUCAGCGAGUAUUGCCAAGUGGUGGGAUUAGUGCAGAUGGACCUCCAACAACCCUCAGUGGCACUGGAAUUGAUCGUAUGACAUUUUUACAAGCAAACAUCACACGUGAUAAUACUAAGUUUGUAAAUGGAGCUGUAGUUGGCGAAAGGAAUGUGUUCCAGGUUGACCAAGGUCUCGGCAUUGGCACUAAGUUCCCAUUCUUUAACCGACACCAGCUAACACUUACCAGAUUUUUCCAAUUGAUGCAAGUGGAGGAAGGUGCUGGUAAACCACCACCACCUGUGUUAGUUGUUCAUGGCCACUAUGGAGGUUGUGUGGGAGACCUUCCAAGUUAUGAUGCUUUCACCCUUGGGGGCCCUUAUUCUGUGAGGGGUUACAACAUGGGUGAGCUAGGUGCUGCAAGAAAUAUCCUUGAGCUUGGAGCCGAGAUACGGAUACCUGUGAGAAAUACUCAUGUGUAUGCAUUUGUAGAACAUGGAAAUGAUCUGGGAAGUUCCAAGGAUGUUAAAGGGAAUCCAACGGAGGUCUACAGGCGAAUGGGUCAUGGUUCAUCCUAUGGUUUUGGUGCCAAGCUUGGCCUAGUGCGAGCUGAGUACGCCGUUGAUCAUAACACUGGGACUGGUGCACUAUUCUUCCGUUUUGGAGAGAGAUAUUAGUGUGAGAUUUGCUUGAUAGGUUUGCUUAGCACAUUUUUGGCACUGGGAUUAUUCCGAAUACAUGGAGGUUUCUUAGUAUUUACCAAAUCCAUAAAAAUCUUCAUCAUCUUGGGAUUUCCUGCUUUGGUCUCUUACAGAAGUAGAGUAAGAAAAAUCAGAUGAGUGAUUUUCAGAGUCAUACUUCCUCCAAGAAUCCGAGUUGAGCAAGGUAUCAUACGCAUGCUGAAUUCUCAUAAAUUUCGCCUGCGCAAGCCGAAGCCCUCGAAAACAAAUAAAGAAUACUGGAGAAAGGCAUAUGUAGAAUUUGCAAGAAACAUUUUCAGUUCACCAGAUAAUGAGACGUUACCUGUGGUAUUCA